AUGGCACACGCAGAAUCAUCUACUGCUGCUGCCAAUAAAAUUGCCCGCGCCGACGUUUCUGGUGCUCCGGUCAAUUAUGAAUUACCCUGGGUUGAAAAAUAUCGACCAAUUUUUCUAGACGAUGUUGUGGGUAAUACUGAAACGAUAGAACGGCUAAAGAUUAUCGCUCGCGAUGGAAACAUGCCCCAUGUCAUUAUUUCUGGCAUGCCUGGAAUAGGAAAGACAACCUCGAUUCUCUGCUUAGCAAGACAAUUGUUAGGCGAUACAUAUAAGGAGGCCGUACUAGAGCUCAAUGCCAGUGAUGAACGAGGUUUGCUAAACUAUGCUCUGAAUUUGUUCCGCAUCGAUGUUGUCCGUAACAGAAUAAAAGGAUUCGCACAGAAGAAAGUCACAUUACCCCCUGGCAGACAUAAGCUUGUCAUUCUUGAUGAAGCAGACAGUAUGACAUCUGGCGCUCAGCAAGCCCUUCGACGUACUAUGGAGAUAUUUUCGACUACAACUCGGUUUGCAUUUGCAUGUAAUCAAUCUAACAAGAUUAUUGAACCUCUACAAUCUCGUUGUGCGAUUCUCAGGUACUCGCGCUUAACAGAUGCCCAGGUUGUGAAGCGGUUGAUGCAGAUAUGUGAAGCCGAGAAAGUUAAAUAUUCUGAUGACGGAAUUGCUGCACUGGUGUUCAGCGCAGAAGGUGAUAUGCGACAGGCAAUCAACAAUUUGCAGAGUACAUGGGCUGGAUUUGGCUUUGUGAGCGGUGAUAAUGUUUUCAGGGUUGUAGAUAGCCCACACCCAGUCAAAGUGCAGGCAAUGAUCAAAGCAUGCUGGGAAGGAAAAGUUGAUAUUGCCCUGGAUACUCUGAAUGAGUUGUGGGAACUUGGGUACUCUGCUCAUGAUAUCAUAUCAACCAUGUUUCGAGUAACUAAAACUAUACCCAAUCUCUCUGAACAUUCAAAAUUGGAGUUCAUCAAGGAAAUUGGAUUUACCCACAUGCGAAUUCUAGAAGGACUACAAACCCUGGUGCAACUCAGUGGGUGUAUUGCCAAAUUAUGCAAAAUCAACAUGAAACCAGAGCUGUUCAAAGCUCAGAAGUCAUGA